AUGGACUCGAAUGACAUCGCACCACCCUCCAUCCAGCCAUACUCUCAUCAACAUCACUUGGUAACUGAUUUGGACCCUUCGGAGGCAUUGGACUUCGAUCACGAGUGGGAUUGCAUGAUGAAUGCCAUUGAGGAAGCAGGGGAAAUGGUUAUCAACCUUGAUGCUAUCGCUGCAGAUCUAGGGGCAGAACUAGAUGUGGCAAUGUCUGAAGGGGGGAUCACCAUACAGGACCUCAUGAAUACUCUGGGGAAUGUGCCACUGCUCGAGACCCCUCACAGUGAUGCAAUGGCAGACAUGUAUGAUGACAUCUCCAUCCUUGAGCCCAUUUGCACAGAGUCACCAGGUCCACUUAGCUACAUGGCCUUUGCCACAGCUUGCUCUGACACCCAGGCCCCCACUAUCAGCAAUCACCACCUGGACCACAUGGCAUUUGCAGUCACCAUGAUGAAUGGCACCACCCUUGUUGCGAGCAGGCAGCAGAUGCACAGUGCCAAUGGCAUCCUGCUAGAACCCCUCUCACUCAACAAAGCUAAGGCCUGUGAUGACUGGGACAAAUGGCAAGAAGCCAUGGUCAGUGAAAUGGAGAGCAUGAACAAGAUGAAUGUCUUCAAGCUAGCUGACAUUCUGAGAAAUGGUAAACUCAUUGGUGUUUGCUGGGUCUACAAACUAAAGCUCAAUGUGCAAUGA